AUGCAACCCCCACCGAGAAAGAGUAACUAUACGAAGUUUCUCAAAAAUUUACACUCAGAGCAAAUCGCAAAGCUUUAUGCUAAGAACCAACAUGAAUGCGAUUUAUUGGAAGAUAUCCGCACAUAUACCAUCAAAAGAUCUGCCAUUGAGAAAUCAUAUUCCGAGGCGUUAUUAAAAAUAUCUUCCGCGUACCUUAAUAAGAAGAUUCCUAACAUACCUGAUAUAAAAGUUGACGGCGCUGAAGAAAAAUGGAAUAUGUGGAAUGUCUGGAGAACUGUUUUGGAAGAGAACGAAAAAUUGGCGCGAGCUCGCCUUGCCGCGGUGGAGGUGUUCCAACAACAGAUUGCAGAUGAAGCAAAACAGUUAAGACAACAUAAAAUUAAUGUUGCAAAAAAGAGCACAGAUCUACUGGCCCAAGCACACAAAGAGCUUCAACUGUCAGUACUCGAUGUGGAUAAGAACAAGAAGUUUUACUUUGACGAAGAACAUACCGCUCAUGAUGUCAGAGACAAAGCUAAAGACAUAGAAGAGAAGUUAAAAAAGAAAAAGGGAUCCUUCUUCCAAUCAAUAACUUCAUUGCAAAAAAAUAGUGCAAAAGUGUCUUCUCGCCGCGAUCAACUUGAAGAGAAAUCUACAGGCGCUAGGAACGAUUAUCUUCUUAGCAUUUCUGCAGCUAAUGCACACCAGAAUCGUUACUUUUUGGUGGAACUACAAUCAUGCAUGCAAAAUAUGGAAGGAGCUGUGUAUGAAAAAGUAUCUGAGUUUUUAACUCUCAUGGGUCGAACUGAACUGCUCACUUGUUCAGCCACUCAACAUUCUUUCGGAAAAAUUCGUGAUCAAGCUCAACAAUUAACCAGGGAGUAUAAUUUACAAUGUAUCUAUCUGUACUAUCCAGUUCUGAAGCAACAUAUUCAGUAUGACUUCGAGCCUUGCGAUAAUGAUCCAAUUGAUACGGUGACAAUGGAGCAUGAAACAGUUGCACAAACUUUGGCUCAGGAAGCCCGUCGCAAUGCGAGAUGCUGGCCAAAGGUUGAUCCUAAUGAUCCUAAUGGACCAGAAUUGGAUGUUCGUAUGGAUGAACUGCGCACAAACAUAAGACGUUCGGAAACAUCAAAAGUUAAAUACGAAGCUCGGUUGGAAUGUUUACGAAACGGUGGAGCCCCAGUCGACGAAUGGCUCAAAGAAGUAGACCUAUUGGCAGUACAAGAAACUUUGCCACGUAGCAGUAGUUUAGUUAGUGUUCGCACUGAUGCAUCUGGAGCUGCCGAUCAGCCCAGUUCGGACUCAUUUUACGACAGUGAUAAUACUGAAGGUGACGCAGCUACGUCCGCUGUCGCUACAACAUCUGGUCAUCAACGUACAACUUCUGAUUCACAACAUGAAGAUGAACAAGAUGACGAAGAAGACGCUGAAUUAGAGGAAGAUCGCAUGCGUAUAGAACAAAUAACAGCUGGCUGGGACGACCCAACACAAGUGAAUUGGGGUGAAACAGAAACUGAAACCACUGCUCCAGCGGCUGAGCCCGCAGAAGCUCCCGUUGCUCCACUCUAUAAGUGUACAGCUUUGUACUCAUACACUGCUCAAAAUCCAGAUGAACUAUCAAUUAUUGAAAGUGAACAGUUAGAAGUAGUCGGUGAAGGCGAUGGUGACGGUUGGCUUCGUGCACGUAAUUACCGAGGGGAAGAAGGAUAUGUACCCCAUAAUUAUCUGGACAUUGAUAGAGAACAGCCAUCGAGUACUCCAGGGCUUGUUACACAAAUUUCUUUUUCAUCCGUCGACUAUACUGUGGAGGGUGAGGAUGCUGAUGUCAUCCAGUCUCCUGACCAGAUCUCUGUGAUUUCGGCUCCAGUUGUCAAACCGGAAGAACCGAAAGUGGAACAACAAAGAGUUGAUGAACCGUCGGCGGAGUCAUUACCAACGCUAGGCUAUUGCUUUGCCCUUUAUGAUUAUGAUGCAGAGGCAUCUGAUGAAUUAAAUCUAGAAGAGGGACAGAUAAUUCGCAUUGUCUCUCGUGAGGCUCAUGAAGUGGACGAUGGUUGGUGGCGUGGUGAAGUAAACGGAGCUGUUGGAAACUUCCCAUCAUUGAUUGUUGAAGAAUGUGACGAGAAUGGCGAUCCACUAAGUGGAGCAGAUGAGGACUGGACACCUCCCGACUCAGCGGCACCUGUAUUUGCGUCCCCACCCGGGUCUCCCGACAGCGAAUUUAACGAUGACCAAGUGGUGAAUGAGAACAACAAUAUAAAAAGUGCUGCUCCACCUGCGGACCCGCCACCACCGCCACCGAUCGGAAUGGGCGACUCAAUGGACAGUCAACCAGACUUCAGCUUUAACCUAGAACUUAGUAGGAAUCAUCAUGACCAAUACGAUACUCAAUUCUCACCUCAACAACCCAUCGCGCCUUCAAUCAUCGUUGAUGAGGUUCUCAGUGAAAAUUUUGAGGACGAGGAAGAGGAGAUACCCCCCGCCCCGCAACCGAAACCGCCUCCGCCAAAAGUUGAACUUCCCACUGAAGAUUGCGGCCUCGGUGUGGCACAAAUAGUAAUCACUGCCGCCACCCCUAUGGUGGAAGAACCAGAACAACCUUUUCCACCUAAUGAACCUGAGCUACAACAACGGGAGCUGCCACAAGAAGAAGAGCGAGCUGAGGAAAAUGACGACGAGGAAUCUUCUCUAUCUGAACAGACAGCUGUGUGUCUUCGGGACACAGACGAGGGUCACGCAGACUCCGCUCCGCACCCAGCUUCAAGCUCGACAGCCUCAGAUGGCGAGUCCCCUGGUGCCUCGGUAGCCUCAGGCCCUCCUACCGCUCCACAUUCCCCACCUGCCGCACCCCGCGCCGGCCGCGCUUCUAUCCCUGACGAACUAGAACCCGCACAACUCGCGCGACUCACCGAUCUGAAGGAGUCCAACGCCUAA